AGUGCCCCGUUGUUCCCAAAACAAAGGCUGCUCUCCGGGCUAAUGCGGGCUCGGAGCCGGGCCAGCCAGGCAGGGAGGGGGAGCAGCGCCUACAAGGAGCUUCCCAAGGGAUCCAGCUCCCGUUUUCUGCAGGUUCCGAGGGCUCCGGGAGGUCCGGCAGAGCCGCGGUGUCCGAGCGCCGUGCGGGACACGCGGGACACGCGGGACACGCGGGACACGCUGGAAUGCUGACCUAGGCUCGGCUCCUGGCUGACCCCAGCUCCGGGUCACGGCACCGCAGCGGGAAGGGACCCACGAGGCUCAUCAGUGUGUCCGUGUGUCCCCGCACAGCACCGCCCGCGAUGGAGCCGCCCCCGCAGCUGAAGAGGAAUAGUUUCCCCAGCAUGAACUUUGAAGCAGAGAUUCUGACAACUCCACACGAUAAUUCAGAGCUCUACACCAUCCCCUCCAUGAGAAGCCUCACGGCUGAGGAGUAUGUGGAGGCCUUUAAAUCCUUCUUGGACCACUCUACAGAGCACCAGUGCAUGGAUGAGUUCAACAAGGAGCAAAUGCCCCACAUCAUGGCUGGUCUUGGCCCUGGAAAAUCGACCAUCAGCGUUCUGGGAGUUGGGAGUGGCACAGGUGAGCAGGAUUUGAAAAUGAUCAGGAUACUGCAGGCUGUGCACCCAGGGGUCUUUAUUGACAAUGAGAUUGUGGAGCCCAACCCACAGCACGUGGCAGCUUACAAAGAACUGGUGAAACAAGCUCCAGAUCUGCAGAAUGUUUCUUUUAUUUGGCACCAACUCACUUCCUUGGAGUAUGAACAGCAGGUGAAGGAGAAAGGCACACAUAAGAAAUUUGACUUCAUCCAUAUGAUCCAGAUGCUGUACCGUGUGGAGGAUAUUCCCAAUACUAUCAAAUUUUUCCACAGCUGCCUUGACCAUCAUGGUAAACUCCUGAUCAUAAUUUUAUCAGACAGCAGCGGCUGGGCCAGCCUGUGGCGGAGGCACAGGGACUGCCUGCCCGCCACCGACCGCGGGCACUACGUCACCUGCAGCGGCAUCACGGCCGUGCUGCGGGCGCUGGGGGCGCAGCACCGCGUGUUCGAGCUGCCCUCGGCCUGGGACAUCACCGCGUGCUUCCGCGACGGCGACGCGCUGGGCGCCCGCAUGAUGGAUUUCCUGACGGGCACCAAAAACUUCCUGGGCACGGCGCCGGCGGCGCUGCGGCGGCGGCUGCGGGACGCGCUGUGCCAGCCCGAGUGCAGCAGCACCAGGGACGGCAGGGUCAUCUUCAGCAACAACCUCAGCAUGAUCGUCGUCGAGUCCUAGAGCCCCUUGCGGGGCUGGGGGCACAGCAGCACCGCUCCUCUUCCAAGCAGCAAGGAGACAGGUUUAUUGAAAAGCCAUGGCGUGUGCAUAAGGGAGAUCGUGAAACACAAGGUAGAAAAGACUCAUCGGUCAAAGAAGGCAACACCUCUAUGAUCAUGAAAACAAACUAGGAAAGACUCAUUGGUCAAAGAAGGCAACACCUCUUUGAUCACAAAUAAUAAACUAGAAAAGACUCAUUGGUCAAAGAAGGCAACACCUCUGUGAUCACGAAAAACAAAGUAGAAAAGACUCAUUGGUCAAAUAAGGCAACACCUCUAUGAUCAUGAAAACAAACUAGGAAAGACUCAUUGGUCAAAGAAGGCAACACCUCUAUGAUCACAAAUAACAAAGUAGAAAAAACUCAUCGGUCAAAGAAGGCAACAUCUCUAUGAUCACAAAUAACAAAGUAGAAAAAACUCAUCGGUCAAAGAAGGCAACACCUCUUUGAAAACAUGCUUCGUGCAAAGUACCACAAGACACUCACACAGCUCGGUGAUCAACACCAGGUGUCUGUCUGUGUUUUCUUUCUGCCUUCUCUUGUUUUGUCUCUGAGAAAGAUGCCCAGCCUGGGAAAGGUCUAGCUUGGAAUCAUUUAACAGCUUGGGAAAAAAACAUAUUAGGUUCCCCACAAGCCUUCAGCAGUGUCCACAGCCCUGAGCCUCCCUGGACUUGUUUUUUAACACUGUGCAUCCUUCCCAUGCUUUCACUUCUGCACUUUUCCAUGUAGCCAGCAUGUUUGCACACCUACAGAAGAGUCUGUGUGGCCUCUGUAGCUGGGAGGGUGUUGGCUGUGUGUGCCACCCACUGCUUCCAUGUGUGUGCCAGGACAAAACCAGUGUGAGAUGUUACACAGUGAUUCCUGUCAUUAUGAAAAUAAACGACAAAAUCAAUAUAAACAAGAAUAUUGAAUCCAAAGUCAAGCAUGGACAUUAAACCCAAGAAUAUUUAAUGAUUUCGUUAUAUUUGUUUAAAUCACUUUGUUGAAAAUUGUUAAUUUUUUUUUUUUUUAUUAUUUUUCACUAUAAUCAUUAAUUGUAUCCACUUUUACGUAUAAGGAAAAUGUGAGCUUGUUUGGACAUGAGCAGGCUUGUCCCUGCUGUUACCUGUUUGCUAGGAGUGUAACCUGAGAAUGUCUUCAAGCCUUGUCCAGGCCUGGUGGGGACUUGUAGCCACUGCAGCAUGGGCUCUAGCCAACAUGUUUGGGCUUGCUCAGACUUGUACCCCAGCCCAGUGAGCAUGUCAUAGCCCACCAAAAACUGCCUGUAAAAGGGGCAGUGACCAGGGGCAGGACGGACAUGUUGGUGGAGCACAGACUCCCCAAGUCCCCAGCACUGCUUUGCCUGUUCCUUAUCAAUGAACUAAUAAAUUGCCUUAUUGAUUGACCUACCCGAUUGUGGUGAGUAAUUUAUAACACCAGCAACAUGUCCCUGCUGCUUUGCACCAGGUAAUGUCACUGCACCUGAGCUCUAAGUUGCUCUGCACUGGGCUAUUUCACAUGGUUUUAUCAGCGUAGGCAUUUACUGCCCCAAGUCUCUCAGUGCCUCACAAUAUAGAUAUGUCUUAAAAAUUUAUCAGCCUUUUUGUUUGGAGAAUAUUUUGGAACCCAGGAUGAUGGUUGCCCUGUGCUCUUCCAGGCAGACAUUAAUUUUGUUACUUUCUUACUGCUGUUUGUGUCCAUAUAAAAUAAAAAUGAUCUUAAAGC